AUGAAAUUGAGUAAAAGUCCCCUUUUAUUAUCAGAACCUCUUUGCUUGAGAGCAACAGGAGCUGGGAUAGAAGAAAUAGACCUGUUAGGUUCAGACAAAAUUAAUUCUUUAGCUUUAUACAUUUCAUCAAAUAAGAUUAAAACAAUUGAAAACAUAGUUCAAUUCAAACAUUUGCAAACAUUUCUUGCAGAAAACAAUUUGAUACAAUAUCUCGAAGAUUUAAAACCAUUAUCAGAAUUGCAUAAUCUUAAAAUUAUUAGACUUGAAGGAAAUCCUCUUAUGGAUACUCCAUAUUGGGCAUUUUACCUUAUAUAUAUUUGCCCAUCACUUGUAUCCAUCAAUGGGGAAAAAAUUUCUAGCAUAUUAGGAAAUUAUUCUUUAAAAGAUAUUAAAAAUCAUUUUUUGAACGAAGAGAUAAAAAUGGACUUCAUAUCUCAACUUCUAUUUCUAUCUCAACUUAUACAAUCAGGAAAAUACCCACUCAAAAGUCCUUAUUCUACAGAAUUUAAUAAGCUAAUGCCAAAAGAAAGAUUAUAUCAUUUAUACAGAGAAAUACGUAGCAAUGGUCCAAGUCAUUCGCUGAGGUCCUAUAGAAAAUAUAUAAAUCAAUUAGCGCUAAAGCGAGCAGAGCAGCUAAUUGAUAUGGCUGAAGAAAAUGGUCUUCCUGGAGAUCUAUUGCAAGAGCUUUCAGCAUGUACUGCUGAUUGUUCAAAAUUUUUAUCAAUUCUGAAAAAUUUCUUAGCUCCUCAAGGAGAUGAUGUUGACAUUAAGAAAGCAUCUUCUGUUAGUUCCUUCAAGCUUGGAAACACUGCUGUGUCCGUAUUAAGCAUGAUGAGAUUUAAAUCUCCUGAAGACAAUGAUAAAUCGUCCAGACGAAGUUAUAUUUCUGGUUCUCCGGCCAAAAGGUAUGAUACUGGCAAAAAUAACUCAAACUCAGAUAUCAAUAAACAAAUCCAAACAGAAAAUAGUAGUACACCGCUCAUUAACAAGCAACCUAGUAUCACUGUAACUGAAAGUACUAAUAAUCCUACCGAAAAUCUCGAGGAUGAGAAAUCUGAACUACAAACAAAAGAUCUAGAAAUCAAUUCUAAGAACGACAUUAAAAGUUCAGAUGUAAAUGACCAUAGUAGUGCAAGUACAAACAAAAUUGAAAAUGAAGAUGCUAUUAUUGAAGUAAGUUCACUUAAUUUAACGCCUUCCACUUACAUAAGGCCAAUUCUUAACGAAAGAACUUUAUUCAAUGCUUGGGCAGCAUGGAAAUCGAAAGUUAAAUCCAGAGCAAAAGUAGAUGCAACACAAAUGAUAGAAAAUCCAAACUCGAUUUCGAAAGAGUUCUCUUCAAUAGAGAAUCAAUUAGAUGUAAGAGAUGGGGUAGCAUACUUGAUGAGAAAACAUGCCUUGAUGAUGGAUAUAGAACGAAAUACUGCAAUAAACCAAGCGAUGCAUUUGAGAAAAAAGCGGUUUUCAAACGAAAUGGAGAUAAGAUCUCCUAAGCAUUUGUAUUAG